CAUAUGUCAACAAAAUGCAAAAUAAAGGUGUGAACAACAACACAGACGGCAAGAAUAACAACAACAAAGUGCUAAACCUGUUAAUUGUCACUUGCCCACCAACAAUUCUUUUGCGAUAUCUUCUUACUUAUUGGACUAGCUGUCAAUACUGCAGCAGCACAUAAUCUCUAAUUUACAAGUCGAUCAAACGUGAAAAUAACGCAAUUUUCAGCUGUAAGCAUUUGUGAUUGUGUUUGCGAAUUGAGAGGAGUUGAGGACUAAUUGCUACAACUUUGUGUUGUACAUCUUUUUUUGCUAUGUUGAAUAAUAUUCUACAUCCUAGCUGGAUACGUAAGGUCAUAGCCAAAACGGUUGCACAAGUGCCUGUAACAACAACAAGCAAGCAAUUURUAACUAUCACAGCAGCUGGAGCAUCAAGGCGAACCAGUUGUACAGUUUCAGUGAAAAGAAGUUUAUUUGAAAGUGGUUGUGAAAAAUACAGCAGCUUUGCUUAUAGCAGUCAAUCUGCUCAAACACGAAAAAUGUCUGACAAAGGCGCACCCCAAAGCACUGCAGAAACGACGAAGAGCAGUGUAGCUGGUGCAAUAGGUGACGCAGCUAAGCAUACGAAUCGCUUGAUAAAUGAAAAGUCGCCAUAUUUGCUGCAACAUGCGCAUAAUCCCGUCGAUUGGUACCCCUGGUGCGAGGAGGCCAUUGAACGUGCACGCAUGGAGAACAAGUUAAUAUUUCUCUCGGUGGGUUAUUCAACAUGCCACUGGUGUCAUGUGAUGGAACACGAAUCAUUUGAAAAUGAGAACGUCGCUAAAAUAAUGAAUAAAAAUUUUAUCAAUAUAAAAGUUGAUCGGGAAGAGCGUCCAGAUAUCGAUAAAAUCUAUAUGCAAUUUGUGCUAAUGUUGAACGGCAGUGGCGGUUGGCCCAUGUCGGUGUGGCUAACACCAGAUCUGGCGCCAAUUACCGCAGGCACCUAUUUUCCUCCAAACGAUCGUUGGGGCAUGCCGGCAUUCACGACAGUGCUUAAAACGAUAGCRUCCAAAUGGCAAUCAGAUCAAGAGGAGUUAAAACAAACGGGCAAACAUGUGAUUAGUGCAAUACAAAAGUCGCUAAGUGAAAAAUCUACGACAGCCACCUUUGAACCAGGUAGCGCUGAAGCCAAAUUGCAUGAGGCAGUGAACAUUUUCAAGCGUCGCUAUGAUCAAGAAUAUGGUGGUUUUGGCAUGCAACCGAAAUUUCCCGAAGUAGCGCGCAUAAAUUUUCUCUUCCACGCCUACAUUAUCACCAAGGAUGCAGAUGUGCUCGACAUGGCGCUACAAACGCUACAGCACAUCGGUCACGGYGGCAUACACGAUCAUGUUUUCGGUGGUUUUGCGCGCUAUUCUGUGGAUCGUGUGUGGCAUGUGCCRCACUUUGAGAAAAUGCUCUACGAUCAAGGCCAACUAUUGACGGCCUACGCAAAUGCUUACAAAUUAACGAAUGAUCAGGCGUACUUGCAAUACGCUGACGGCAUCUUUCGUUACCUGAUGAAGGAUCUAAGACAUCCUGAUGGUGGUUUCUUCGCCGGCGAAGAUGCUGACUCCUUGCCGACAGCUGAUGCUAGGGUUAAAGUGGAGGGUGCAUUUUACGCUUGGACUUGGUCCGAGGUGAAGCAGGCAGUGCAUGCGAAUGCAGCGUUGUAUGCAGACUUGAAAUUGGAGCUGGAGCGCAUAUUUGAAAUCUAUACGCAUCACUACGAUUUGCGUCAAACGGGUAAUGUUGAGCCCAACAGUGAUCCGCAUGGUCAUCUCACGGCCAAAAAUAUACACAUUGUGCGUGGCUCAAAAGCUGAAACCUGCGCUAAGUUUGAUAUCACCGAGGAACAAUUGCAGCGCGUGUUAGACAUCACUAAUGAGGUGCUGCACAAAAUACGCGAUCAGCGACCGCGCCCACAUUUGGAUACGAAAAUAAUUUGCGCCUGGAAUGGUUUAGUACUCUCCGGUUUAUCGAAAUUGGCCAAUUGUCGUUCAGCAAAACGCGCUGAAUACGUCAAGGCCGCAGAGGAACUGUACAAGUUUUUGCACAAACAUCUGUAUGAUGAGGAGAGGAAGGUAUUGCUGCGUUCUUGUUAUGGCCUUGGUACCGAUGAUUCUACUUUGGAGAGUGCAUCCGCCCAGAGCAUCGAUGGGUUUCUAGAUGAUUACGCCUUUCUCGUCAGGGGUCUAUUGGACUACUAUAAAGCUUCAAUGGACGGCAGCGCACUCAAAUGGGCUAAAGAAUUGCAAGAGGUACAGGAUACACGCUUYUGGGAUGACACGCAUGGUGCGUAUUUCUACUCAGAGGCCAACUCGCCGAAUGUGAUUGUGCGACUAAAAGAAGACCACGAUGGCGCCGAGCCAUGUGGUAAUAGCAUUGCCGCACGCAACCUGCUCCUACUCGCUCACUAUUUAGACGAAAAUAAUUACAAGGACCGCGCUAUUAAAUUACUGGAGUUCUUCGCUGACAUCAAUCCAUUCGGUUAUACACUACCAGCAAUGAUGUCUGCGUUGUUGUUGCACGAAAAUGGGCUCGAUUUAGUGGCUGUAGUUGGUCCGGACUCGAAUACUACACAUCGCUUCGUAGAAAUAUUACGAAAAUUCUAUAUACCAGGCAUGAUAAUUUUACAUGUCGAUCCGCAAUAUCCAGAUGAGACUUACAAUCAACGUGUGCAGGAUAAAUUCAAAAUGGUCAAUGGUAAAACAACGGUUUAUAUCUGUCAUGAACGUGUUUGCCGUAUGCCAGUUACUGACCCCGAAGAACUCGAACAAAAUCUGAAAGAAAGAUUCUUUAAGCGAGACGAGUGAAGAUGCGUUGAAUUUUAGAAGAUAACCUCUUUAAAAAUUUAACCAAAAUAAUUGUUACAUCUAGCGUUUACAAACAAAAGCAGUAGUGAUAAAAACUUAUUAGGACGCAGACGUUUGAAAAACGAAAGGGCUAGUGCAAAGCGCUAGUUACAAUUCUGCUAUACAGUUUAGAGCUCGUGCCUGUCUAAUUUUACUUUGGUUCUGUUAUUAAUAGUGCUAUUUACUUAUUUUAAAUAGCGUUUAUACGUAAAAAUGUUUAUUAAAUCAAUUGAAUUGUAUACGCUUGGCGAUAAGUGUUUAUAAUUUUAACAGCGUGAAAAAAUAAUUGUGAGAUUAGUUAGUAAAUACUCAGCAGAAUGUUAUUAUGUAGUUUGCAGUGAGCUUUAAACAGUAAAAAAAAUAUAAUCAGAACCCA